AUGCGUUUCACCCAGACCUUCUUCGCUGUUGCAGCUCUUGCUGCUGUUGGCUUCGCCGACGAUGACGGCCCUUGCGAUCCUCAGAACGACAACGGUGUCGUCUGCGUUAACGGCACUCCUGUUUCCAGUGGCGGCUCAGCCAUUGCAGCCAACACCGACACCGUGUCUACCACAGUCACUGAUGCUGCUGCUGCCUCUUCCACUGGAAACCCUCGCAUUUCUACUCUCUCAAGCACUGAUACCGACAUUCUGGUUUCCACCUCUCGCAACGUUGUCUACGACACCACUUCUCUUCCUCACUCGCUCGACACCCGCACUUCUACCUACCUGAACACUAUUGUUCAGACCCAGGACUCUGCCUACACCACCAACACCCUUAACACCGAGACUGUGACUCCUACUACCAGAGUUGCCGGAUCAAACGCUGCCACCACCACUGCUUCAACCAACACAGUGACCACCGGCACCUCCAGCAGCACCAGCAACCCCGGUGCCAUGCAGACCGCGGGAAAGUACGCACCUUACGGAGUUGCCGUGGCCGCUCUCGGUUUCGCUGCUGCCCUCUAA